AUGCUGAAAUCAGUCUGGGAGUUCUUAGGCACAUAUAUUCCCUGGAUAGCCUGCAAGGGCUCUGACGGUGAUCAUGUAAAUGGUCCCUCUAUUACGGAGGGGACAGAUGUGAAGGAACAGAGUGAUGCUGAUGAGGGCCAGAUUGUCCUGAUGGUGGUGGCGCCCUGGAAGGAACUGCAGCAGAAAAUAGUGAAAGCUGGAGAUAAGGACCAGGAUGGGCAACUGGACUUUGAGGAGUUUGUGCACUACCUUCGUGACCAUGAGAAGAAGCUCAGAUUGGUUUUUCGCAGUCUGGAUAAAAAGAAUGAUGGUCGCAUAGAUGUACAAGAAAUAAUGCAAUCUCUCCGUGACCUUGGUGUGAACAUCUCCGAACAACAGGCAGAGAAAAUUCUUAAGCGAAUUAGGACGGGCCACCGCUGGGGUCCUGUCACCCACAUGGAUAAAAAUGGUACUAUGACAAUAGACUGGAAUGAGUGGAGGGAUUACCAUCUCUUACAUCCUGCCGAGAAUAUUCCUGAAAUCAUCCUUUACUGGAAACACUCUACCAUCUUUGAUGUUGGAGAGAACCUCAUUGUGCCUGAUGAGUUUACCGUGGAGGAGAAACAAACUGGAAUGUGGUGGAGGCAUCUUGUGGCUGGUGGUGGAGCUGGCGCUGUGUCACGGACAUGUACGGCUCCUCUAGAUCGGCUAAAGGUUCUCAUGCAGGUCCACGCUUCACGCAGCAACACUAUGUCCAUCGCAGGGGGCUUUGCACAUAUGGUUCGUGAAGGAGGCUUCCGCUCACUGUGGCGGGGAAACGGCAUUAAUGUCAUUAAAAUUGCUCCAGAAUCUGCUAUUAAGUUCAUGGCUUAUGAGCAGAUUAAACGUGUCAUUGGGAGUGACCAGGAGACCUUGGGUAUUCGUGAGAGGUUGGUGGCUGGGUCUCUAGCAGGAGUGAUUGCUCAGAGCAGUAUAUACCCCAUGGAGGUUUUGAAAACAAGGAUGGCUCUGAGGAAGACUGGACAAUAUCAAGGGAUGUUAGACUGUGGCAAAAAGAUUUUGCUGAAGGAAGGGGUGUCUGCCUUCUACAAGGGAUAUGUACCCAACAUGCUUGGGAUUAUUCCUUAUGCUGGCAUUGACUUAGCAGUGUAUGAGACUCUGAAGAACGCAUGGCUAAGUCGUUAUGCCACAAGCAGUGCAGACCCUGGUGUCUUUGUAUUACUUGCAUGUGGAACCAUGUCCAGUACAUGUGGGCAGCUCGCCAGCUAUCCCCUAGCUUUGGUCAGGACACGCAUGCAGGCACAGGCUUCCAUUGAAGGAGCUCCACAGGCGACUAUGAGCAGUCUCUUCAAACAUAUCAUACACACAGAAGGACCUAUUGGACUUUACCGGGGCCUGGCCCCUAAUUUCAUGAAGGUGAUCCCUGCCGUCAGCAUCAGCUACGUUGUGUAUGAAAACCUAAAGCUCACGCUGGGUGUGACAUCACGGUGA